AUGCAAGAAUUAAUUAACACUCAACCUGAAUUAGAAGAAUUUCAAUUGAAUUAUUCUACGAUGCCAAAAGAAGAAAAUUUAUCAAAAUUACCAGAAGCUAUUGAAAUUGAAGAUGAAGAAAAUAUCUGGGAAAAAUUUUCUAACAAUGAAGAAAAUUAUAAUUAUUCAAGG